GAGAAAGCAUAAUGUCAGCGACCUUCCCCGGACUUGUCCACGACGCAGAGAUACGUCACGACGGAUCAAACAGCUACCGACUCAUGCAGCUCGGCUGCCUGGAGAGUGUGGCCAACUCCUCGGUCGCCUACUCCUCUUCUUCCCCGCUCACCUACCCGGCGCCGGCGGGGACGGAGUUCGCCUCGCCCUAUUUCUCGGCCAACCACCAGUACACGCCCCUCCACCACCAGUCCUUCCACUACGAGUUCCAGCACUCCCACCCGGCCGUGGCUCCGGAGGCCUACGGGCUGAACUCGCUGCACUCGGGCCAGUACUACCAGCAGAUCCACCACGGAGAGCCCGCCGACUUCAUCAACCUGCACAAUGCGCGCUCGGCCCUCAAGUCCUCCUGCCUGGACGAGCAGCAGCGGCGCGAGCUCGGCUGCCUCGACGCUUACCGGCGCCAUGACCUGUCGCUGAUGACGUCACACGGCUCCCAGGCCUACGGCGUCGGUAUGCACCACGCGGACCAGAGGCUGCUGCCCGCCGCCGGCCUGGGGCUCUCAUCGUCCGGGUCAGACGACCUCCAGGGCUCCGUGGAAGCGCAGUGUGGGCUCGUGCUGAACGGCCAAGGGGGCGUCAUCCGGAGAGGGGGAACCUGCGUGGUGAAUCCUACAGAUCUGUUCUGCUCGGUACCGGGCCGCCUGUCGCUGCUCAGCUCCACCUCCAAGUACAAAGUGACCAUCGCCGAGGUGAAGAGAAGACUGUCUCCACCCGAGUGCCUCAACGCCUCCCUACUGGGCGGCAUCCUGCGCAGAGCGAAGUCUAAGAACGGAGGUCGGUGUCUUCGUGAGAAAUUAGACCGUCUAGGCCUCAACCUGCCGGCCGGCCGCAGGAAAGCUGCCAACGUCACACUGCUCACCUCCCUGGUGGAAGGUGAGGCGCUCCACCUGGCGAGGGACUUCGGCUACACCUGCGAGACAGAGUUUCCCAGUAAGGCAGUGGGGGAACAUUUGGCGAGGCAGCACAGUGAGCCGAAAGAAACCAGCGCACGCAAGAAGAUGGUUCUGGCUACAAAGCAAAUCUGUAAGGAGUUCCAGGACUUAUUGAGCCAAGACCGCUCUCCUCUGGGCUCCUCCAGACCGACCCCCAUCCUGGACAUGGACAUCCAGAGACACCUCACACACUUCAGUCUGAUCACUCACGGGUUCGGCACGCCGGCGGUCUGCGCGGCUCUCAGCACCUUCCAGACGGUCCUGAGUGAGAUGCUCAACUACCUGGACAAAAGCUUGAGCGGGAAAACGAGCGUACCCAACGACCAACAGAUCAACAACAGCUCAGAAAAGACGCAGCUCCGGAAAACAUCCGAUCCCCAGAGCAAAGACGGGAAAACAGAAAAGACUGAGUAGCCCACACCCACCCGGUCCCCGUGCCUUGGAGCGCUGCGUUUAGGAGUGUGUGUGUGUGUGUGUGU